AUGUUUCCAAAACAAAAAUAUGCUUUUGCCAUGCCGUCAUCUUGUUCAUACCAAAUGUCAUCUAUAUUCACGUCUGGACAUAGUACUAGGUGGUUACGAUAUUACAACCACACUCUUAUCCAAUCUCAGGCGACAACAGCGGUGGAACUGGACGUGGAGAUGCUCAUACAAGGAAUCAUAUAUCAAAUGAGAAACCUUAAACAGACGCAUCCUCGGAUAUGUAGAAGUGCGUUUCUUUACGUAUACAAUUAUCUGCUUGAAGCUGGUGGACAGUUGGAUGAUCAGGCAUCUACAUCGUCAGCCUCGGACUGAUAUACGUACAUAUUUUUAAAGAUAACUGUAAAUAAAUUUUCCCAUAAA